AUGUGCAUCCGCUACGCUGUAUCCGACGAGCACGUCGCGAGCAGCCGGUCGGCAGAGCCGUCGUUGCGCGCGGGGUUGGCAGACGGAAUGACGCCGACAGCAGUGUCAGACUUCGCGGCUCAUCGGGGGGCCGGAGUAACCGCCACCGUGAAUGGAAGCAAGGUUGCCGUCGGAAAUGCUGCCCUGCUCGCCGACGCGGGUGCGUCGAUUCCUACGGCUCUAUCCGAUGCCGCAGACGGGUUGGCCGCGCUAGUGGCGCAGCCCAUCCUAUCGCGUUUACGCAUUCUCCGCCUCCAUUCCUCCUCUAUUCGCACGCCGAUGUUCGUGUCCAAAGACGGCAACCCGCUGGGCGUGAUCGCCGUGGCAGAUGGCAUCAAGUCGAAUGCGGGGGAAGCGGUUGCGACACUGCGGUCGCUGGGGGUGCGCACCGUGAUGCUGACCGGCGACCGGCCCGAGGUGGCGGCGUCCGUGGCGGCGGCUUGCGGCAUCUCCGAGUAUCGCGCCGGUAUGCUGCCGGCCGACAAGGCCGGAGUGAUCCGCCAAUUGCGCGCCGAGGGCAACGUCGUUGCGAUGGUUGGCGACGGGAUCAACGAUGCGCCGGCGUUGGCAUCAGCGGACGUUGGCAUCGCCAUGGGCGGCGGCACCGAUAUUGCGCGCGAGUCGGCGGCCAUACGCUGA